UGUAAGAAGGAAGGCAGAUUUUAAGAUGGACAGGGCAAAGAGUCCAGUGAAUGCGAGAGGGGUGAGGGGGUGCUGCGAGGUGGGGGAUUGGAGUGUAGGUGAAAGGAGGCAGGUGUGAGGUGUCGAGGGGCGCCUUUCUUUCCCCUCCUUCAGUCAGCCGGCGCCUCUCGUGGUUCUCGGAGUCUCCUUGAAGGCGUCCUCGCAGCCCUUGAUCGGCCCUUUGUGUUUCCUCUCCCCGGGUAUUGAUGCUCAGCUGUCUCUGUUCGUUUUGCUUUGUGCUCCUCCUUGUUUUGUACUUCGCUGCGAGAGAUAUUCUGGUGUGCGAUUCUCGUCCACGUGCUGUUUGUGAUUUGUUUCAUUACCUGUUCGGUCUGCGUUGAUCUCUACGCUGAACACAGACUUUGAGGGUGUUUCUGUCGUGCUCCGGUUGCCUGUCACUGUGCUUUUCCUUCUUUUAUCUAGUGUGCGAUACUUAUUCACGUGCUGUUUGUGCUAUUUGUUGUUUGCUUCAGUUCCUCUUCGAUUUAGUUGAUUUCUACACUGCGCACGGAUUUUGAGAGUGUUCCUGUGGUGUUCCGGUCUCCUCCUUCCUAAUUACCUUUUUUGUCUCACGCUGAGUGUGUUGCGGUGUGCCAUCGCUCAGGCUUGUGACUUCUCUUUUAUAGGUUGUCAUUGCUGGCUCUCUCACUUCUCCGUCGGUGUUGGUAAGCGCCUCCGCCCCUCCUGCCUGUCACGUGGUGUUAUCCUAGUGUCGAGGUUUGUCACCCAGUGGAAGUAGGCUAUUUGCUUACUCACCCUGUCGCCCAGUGUUGGUGUACCAUGCAGAGCCGUUCAUAUGAGUUUUAACGUUACAUCUUCAAGAUUUCUGCUUCAUCGUCCAACAGUAACGAACAUAGUAAUCGUGAGGGGUGACUUGUCUGUUCUGAUCUAAUCCACGUAAUGUGCUUUCCAUGCUGAGGCGUGCUGUUCACAUGAGUUUUAACGUGGCAUCUUAAUUUAGAGUUGAUUAAUUCAUUCUCCAACACUGACGCUCAUGGUAAUCGUGAAGGGUGACUUAUCUGCUCUGAUCUAAUCCACGCCCGUGACUUGGUGUUCAUCGCGUGGCGUUACCCAAAUCUUCCUUCCGCUCCUCCUCCUCCUCCUCUCUGGCCCGGCCGCUGCACAUCUGUUGUAGCAUAAAAAACGAAAUCGUACUUUCCCCGUCUUAUUAUCACCAGCCUUUCUUUUGUCUGUUGAUCAUUGUGCUUCGCUCAUUCUUCGCCACUUUUCUUACUGUGAUUACUGUCUACGCUUUUUUUUCUCGGUUUCCUUCCUCUUUUGAUAUAUAUUACAGUACAUUGUGUUUGCGGGUUUUUGUGUGUGUGUGUCUGUUGUCGUUUUGAUAAAUGCGUCAGUUCCUGUGAUUGCUUCGCUUUUUCUUGUUGCUGUUGUUGUUGGUGGUGGUGGUAAUCAUUGCUUUGUGUUAUUGGGUUUGGUUGUUUUUGUUUUGUUUUUAGUUGUUGUUUUUGUUGUUGUUGUUGUUGUUGUUGUCGUAGAGAGAGUCGCCUACCUUGCCAGACCUUACCACAGCAGACCGAACUUGUCCUCCUCCGGCAACAACAGUAAAAUGCCGUCCGCAACACUCCCGCGUGGCCUGCUGCUGCCUCUGCUCCUGCUGGCGGCGGCGGCAGCGUCAUGCUGUGCCUCCGCUGUGUCCGGCAUCACCAUCUCCCCGGUGCCGAUCGUCGUCAAAUCCCCGGGGCCGGCCAUCAAGUCCGCGCGGCCCGCCCUGAAAUCCCCGCGACCCAUCAUCACGUCCCCGCGGCCCAUCGUCACGUCCCUACGGCCCAUUGUCACCUCCCCGCAGCCUACCGUGAAGUCCCCGCGGCCCGUCAUCAAGGCCCUGCGCCCAGCUAUCAAGGUGGUGGACCCGAAGAAGAGGGAGGCGGCGGGUCUGCCCGUCAAUCAGUACCUCCAGUUUGGUGAUGUGUUUGACCAGAACGUUGGGGACGACUUUGGUCUGCGGCCAGGCUUCGGGGCAAACGCGGGGGACUACGGGGGGCACGCGGGAGGCUUCGGGGGGAACGCGGGGGGCUUCGGGGGGAACGCGGGGAUUUUCGCGGGGAACGUGGGGGGCUUCGGGGCGCAGCACACCAUUACGCGACUCAGCACCGCCACCCUCACCCACACCAGCUACGACCAGAUUGAGUUGACCAAAACCGUGACGGACACGUCGGUGAGCUACGUGACGCACUACAGCACGCAGUACAUCACCCAGACGACGCCGCUGUCCGUCUACAACACGCAGUACGAGACGGUGUACCGGACACAGUACAUCACUGAGACCGAGUUCCAGAACGUGCCCGCGUACACCACCUUCACGGAGACGCAGUACCUCACCGACUACCAGACCGACACGUCCCUGGUGGAGGUACCCGUGUACAGCACCAUCUUCACCACCGUCUACCACACCAAGUAUCGCACCGAGUACUUCACAGACACGGAUACGGUGCAGGUCCCCGUGUACACCACCUUCUACACCACCUUCACGGAGACCUCCCACAUCCCCACCUUGAUCACGGAGACCCACUACGACACCGAGUACGUCACCUCCACCACCUUCGUCACCACCGUCGCCGUUGACUACACCACCAUCACCACGCACGUCACCACCACCUCCUUCCAAGACGUGUACGUGACCAAAACGCACCCAGUCCCCGCUUACAUCACCAACACCGAAUACAACCAAGUCCUUAUCACGCAGACGGAGACGCGGCCGGAGUACAUCACCACCACCAGUCUUCGUGAGGUGGUGGUGACGCAGACGACCACUGUGCCUCUCUACCUCACCACCACGGCCAUCUCGGAGAUCCACCUCACCACCACGCACCCUAUCAACAACUACAUCACCACCACCGUGCCGGCCUAUGUGGUGAGCACAGUGGACCGCUACAUCACCACCACCGUGCCCUACUACGUCACCCGGACCGCCACAGCACAGGUACCCGUGAGCCGCCCCCUCGCUGCCUCCCCACCCCGCGGCAACUUCUACACGUACUACGUGUGACUCCGAACUGACGUGCCCCAGCAGUGACUACCCUCCCUUACCCCUUGAUACCCACCUCCCUUUCCUCCCCUGACACGUAUUACUCCAAGCUGACGUGCCCGCAGUUGUGACUAUCCUCCCCCUGCCCCUCAACACCCUCCCUCCCUUCCUCCCUGACACCCCCCCCUCCCCCCGUCCCUCCUUCCUGCCUUCCUGACUCUUCACCUUGUCCCUCUCCUUCGUUAUACCUUCUCAUCACUUCACUAUUUCGUGACGUGAUGAUGUUAACCUCCCGCCACCUCCCCCUGACCUGUCCACUCCUUUCCCCAAUCCCUUCCUCAUUCGUGGUGUUACUUCUCCGUCACUUUGUUUUUUUGUUACAUGUGAUAAAGCAGCUUCCUCCCCUCCCUUUCCCUGACCAGUGCCCGUCCCUCCCUCUCUUGUGAAAAACUCUUGCCACUUUAUUGCGUCGUGAUGACGUUAUACAACAUACACCAGACCAAGACCAAGACCAUUCUCUUUAUGAAGUACCCUUCCUUGCCCCUUCCACUCCCUCCUUGGUCCCCAUCUCGAUACUUCCCCGUGCCACCUGCUUUCCCCUCCCUCCCCCUUUCCUACCGACAUGUUCCAGUCGAUCAGUAAUGAACUAAUGAAGUAAUCAGUAAUUAGGAUUGCGAGAAAGAUUUUGCUAGAUAAUAAUGAGUAGGAAAUGACGUACCUCCACUUUCCCCCAGAUCUUCCUGUUUCAAAAUAAGAGCUCGGUGGUUGUUAUCUAAGCCCCAUAAAUCUUCCAAAUGAUUGUUCACUUGGCGUCUCCCCUGACUGACCAUGUGUGUGUGUGUGUGUGUGUGUGUGUGUGUGUGUGUGUGUGUGUGUGUGUGUGUAAUAGACAGUAUUUACUUUGAAUGUUUAUUGUUGUAUGUUCACACGCACACUGAUUGCUUCUUUCACCCAGCACACAAGUUGUUUCUGCCUCGCCUUGCUGCCAUCCCAGUCUAGUCUCCGCUUCGCACACAGCCUCGUAUUCUCAGACAUCUUCGGCUCUCACAACAAAUAUUUCCAAAGAUCACAAAGGCGAUUAGUUGGGUUUUCACAAAUGUCUUUCACAUUCAUGGUGCAGAAUCCUUGUCAAACUAUCACGAGGCUCAUAACUCGACCCAUGGAAAUAAUUACACCACAACAUCUACGAAAGCCUUACUAAAUAUGUGUGAGUAAGCCCCGAAAUGUUUGAGAGUACAGUCUACAGUAGUACUUAUUGUGAUAUUUUAUCACUCAUUUAAUACCGCUAUGUUGAUCGCUUUGCUGACCGCCUGAACAACGGCACACUGAAACAUGAUAUAAAACCAUGCACAGCUGAGAACUCCACACAGUGAGCAAACAUGCCACAAGAAAAUAAACUAAAAAUAGACUGGUCCAGAGUAAACAACUAAGCCACACAUUUAUUUCCCGGUGUGAUGCGUCUCUCCCACGACCUGCAGCCACAACCACCGCCGCAACAACCACAGCAGCUACCACAAAUACCAUUCCGACUCUACCGACCGCUCGGCCCAGGGAUUGCACGGAUUGCCCGGCAGACGAAUGACGAGGAAAGAACAGAACGAUGGCUGUGGUGAGGAGGCGG